CCACUGCACACUGGACACCUUAUCCGUCGUCGUCGUCUAUCCUCCGCGAUCUCAUUGGCCACGGUCUCGCCACGUCAGCAAACGAAUCGCCAUAGCUGAUAGCCCCAUACUUCACACUCUAGUUACUGGUUGGUGGUUAGCACCAUCUCUCUCAAUCACUCCGAUCCACAACCACCACAGAGCCGCCGCCCAUCAACCAACGAUAUUCCGGCGACAUGGCAGCCACCGCCAUGGCCUCCUCCUUCUCCACUUCCAUGCAAACCCUAAAAUGCACCCGCCCCAAGACCCGCCACGCCUCCGACCACCUCCUCACCCUUAUUCCCAUCAAAACGUCGCCGCUGCAAUCGCACUUUCUCGGGAUAGAACCGUGCCUGUUAACGAGCAGCAAAUGGAGAGUGCACAGGCUAGCGGCCGCGGUGGCGCAAGAAGAGGCGGCUGUCACGGAGACGCCGGCCGCGCCGGAGGAAAGCGGCGGCGAUGGCGAUGAUCAGAGUAGUGGCGUGAAUUGUAAGCUCUACUUUGGGAAUUUGCCGUAUAAUUGUGACAGUGCGCAGCUUGCUGGGAUCGUUCAAGACUAUGGUAGCCCUGAGCUUGUUGAGGUUCUGUACGAUAGAGAAACUGGCAAAAGCAGAGGGUUUGCUUUCGUGACGAUGAGCUGUGUUGAAGAUUGCAAUGCUGUCAUUGAAAAUCUUGACGGAAGAGUGUUUGGCGGUAGAACACUGAGGGUGAACUUCUCGGACAAGCCUAAGGCAAAGGAGCCUCUAUAUCCAGAAACCGAGUACAAACUUUUCGUUGGCAACUUAGCCUGGUCUGUCACAUCCGAAAUGCUAACAGAAACGUUUGGAGCAUAUGGCAGUGUGGUUGGAGCGAGGGUUCUGUAUGAUGGGGAGACCGGAAGGUCCCGUGGCUAUGGCUUUGUUAGCUAUGAAACGAGGGAGGAGAUGGAAAACGCGAUCACUUCUCUGAAUGAAGUGGAGCUGGAAGGAAGGGCAAUGCGAAUCAGCCAAGCACAGGGCAAGAAACAGUAGGGCGAAUAGAAUUUUGUGACUCUGUGGAUUUCAACUAUUUCUAUUGAUGCAUCUAAGCAGUAUUUGGAGAUUUACAAGUGAGAAUCUAACUCAAUAUGAAGAAGAUGAUGAUGAAAACCAUGUCAUAAGCAUUGAACUGUAUCCCCGGUCCUGGGAGGCCGAGACUCGACUGAAUUAGUCUUAUCUUACGCCCUCCAUAAUAGUCCAAGAUUUCCACUUUA